CUCAGACAUUAAAAAAAUACAGUACCUUGUCAUCCGGAAAACAAUCCAGUUCAACGCUAUGUAGACACAGAAAACAUUCUUUACAUUUCCUUUUAAACAUCUGAUUCUUCGGUGAAAUGAGCAGCUUAAAGUUUACACUUGCGUCUUCCUUUAACAUUUUAAAGACUGUGAGGAGUAAUACUUAUCCCAAGAGGACUAUCUUCACGCAGUUCCAUUUCAAACUUUUGAAGGGCAGGUGUGUCCUUCCUUGUCGACAGUCCGGUUCCACAGCUUCUGGAGCUGAGAAAGGAGAGGACACAGUCCUCAAAUGGUUCCUAUUGCUGAUUCCUGUCAGCACAUUUGGUCUUGGAACAUGGCAGGUAAAGCGCCGGCAGUGGAAAUUGCAGAUGAUUGCAGACCUGAACAGUCUUACAACUGCUGAGCCCAUUAACCUACCUGUCGAAUUGUGUCUGUGCUACAGUCCGAUGGAGUUGAACAGCCUGGAGUACAGGCGUGUGAAGGUGCAUGGGCGCUAUGACCACUCUCAGGAGCUGUACAUAUUGCCACGCUCUCCGGUGGAUCCAGACCGUGAGGCCAGAGAAGCAGGCCGUUUGUCAUCUAGUGGUGAAUCUGGAGCCAAUGUCAUUACCCCUUUCUACUGUACAGACCUCGGGAUUUCUAUCCUUGUAAACCGAGGUUAUGUACCCAAGAAUAAGAUCAGGCCCGAAACAAGGAUGAAAGGACAGGUGUCUGAUGAGGUUGAUGUGGUUGGGGUGCUGAGAUUAACCGAACAGCGCAAACCCUUUGUUCCCCACAAUAAUGUGGAGGGAAACCGCUGGCACUACAGGGACCUGGAGGCCAUGGCCAGGGUCACUGGCGCAGAACCCAUCUUCAUCGAUGCUGUCCUUGAGAGCACAAUUCCAGGAGGACCCAUUGGUGGUCAGACUCGGGUCACGCUGAGGAAUGAACACAUGCAGUACAUUGCAACAUGGUACGGCCUCUGUUCAGCUACUUCUUACAUGUGGUAUGCAAAGUUCAUCAAAGGAGUACGCUUGUAAUUGGCUACAAGCACGCUCCUAAAAGGGAUACUCAAGAAAUCCUGUGUAAACUUUUUUUUUUUUUAGUGCUGCUGUAUGAAGAUCACCACUGUAAAUGUUGUAGGAUAUGAACAAUACAACCGAUUUGCCAGUUUUAGUGAUCUGGAGCAAAAUAAAACAUGCACUGAAUUCAAUGUUAA